AUGGCCUUUCUCGAGGAUCCGCGUCUGCGGCAGCGCUGGAACCAAAUCACCCACGAUGCAGAGACGGUCACUGAGAACGCCGCCGCCGGCAUCUGGACCUUCCAGCACCACUACAUCAACCCUUGUCUGGGGUCGAUACGCGGAGCCAUUGAGCAGUGCACCACCGUGUGCCUGGGCGAUCCCGAGGAGCGGCUUCGGCGGCAACGGGAGCGCGCCCGCGAGAGGGCUGAAUACAGCUUCAACUUUUACGAUGACUGGGACCGCGAAGAGGAGAGCGGCGGCCUGCUGGGCAACUGGGGAGGCGAGGAUUGGGAUCGUCUCUUGGCCGGCUCGGGCAGCCAGAGGAGGGCCGAGACGGUUGAGCAGCCGCGGCGCAAGAGAGGCAUGAGCUACGGUACGCGGGGCGCCAGGAGGAAAAACAGCGAGCAGGAUCCCACCAUUAUCCCCAGCACCCAGCCGAUUGGCUUCCUGAGCAAGCUUCCGUGGAAAAUGGGUGGCACCUUGAGAUACAAACCUAGUGCGGCUGAUCUGCAGGAGCACCCUGGAGCCAGGAAGCAUGAAUACACCGAGUCACAACCGCUGCUGGGAGCGGAGGACGACUCGGACCAUGACGGGCUGUUGCAGCCGUCCCAGUCGAGGAAGCGGAGCGGCACCACGGGAUCGGGCGGGACAUCGGAUUCUUACCGCUCCCGUGGAGACUUGUUUCCGAGCGAUGGAGAAGGGGAGGAAGACGCAGUGGCACUCGAUGACGAGGUGACCUACGACAUGAUUAGGAGAGACGAUAGAAGCAGCGGCAGAGGGGGGACGACGCCGAGUAGCAAAGGCAAGCGACCGGCGCACACCGUUUCGAGAACGGUAUCAAGGACGACGCUCGGAUCGGUUGCAUCUGGCGACUCGCUGGGACUAGCGAUUUUUGGCACCGCGCCUCAUGACGCUUCACAGGAUGCCCAACUCUUGCCAUCAUUGAGGGACCUGGAACUGGAAGAGGAGCGCCUGGGACGCGAAGAAGACGAAGAAUUGGCAAAGAAGAAGGAAGCUGCAGCUCAACUAGCGGUGGAGCGAGGAUUGCAGACGGAGACCGAGCCCAAGCCGCCAGACGGGGCAGAUGAAGAGUAUCAGCCUGAAGAGCCGCACGAGAUUCACCUGGACAACGAUGAAGACAAAGGCGACGGUGACGAUGAAGAGCAUCGCGAUUCCGAAUUGUCCGGAAGUGACCCAGAGACACGGGUCAAGGAUGAGGGACCGCCUGCUGCUCAAGGCGUUUUUGUGCCUGCGCGGUUGCCGCAUUUUGGAUAA